AACGGGAACCCUGAUAACCUACUUCGAUUGUCUGCUAAUGACACGUGACUGACGCUUGUGUAAACGCUGGUUGCCGCUACUGCUGGUCACCGUGGUACUGGACUGGAUGGGGGUGCGCUGUCGUGACUCGGACAACACCGUGACACGCCAAGCGGAGUGGAAGAUGAGUCUGAAGGUGCCCGUAUGUGGCAUUGUGCUCAGUUGGAUUACCUUGCUUCUCAUCGAAGUGGUUGCUGAGGAGUGUAAUACAAACACCGGCUGCACGUGCACGUUCCAAGAUGGCGACACGACGGCUUUCGAUGCCAAGGACACGCGUAGUGUCGGUCUGGCGGCUGCCACGGGUGCCCUGAGUUCCAUGGUUCUGGCAGGGGGAGGCAUGGCACUGUGGAAAUACUUCAAGAACAGGGGCAGCGGAAACAUGACCGACACGUACGGGCGUCCCCCGAGCAGCCAGGGGUCGUGGAUGGGGGAGGAACGCAGGGCGCCUAAUCGGAGGGGGUCCGUCCCGCUGUCUGAUGACGGGUAUGACAUGUCGGGGAGAAUGACGACAGCGUCUGGGAGGGGCCACCCCACAAACAUCUACAAACACGGGGGUAAAAUAUGGCCUGGAUCCAGAUAGAGAGAGGCCCCACCGACGACCUGUUGAAGUGUAUCUGUGAUAUAACGGUAGAUAUUACACUGUCCGGGCCAUCACCGGACGUCAUGAAGCAAGCACCAUGUAUUUUACAACUUUCAACAACGUUGCAAGUAGGAGCUGAAAAACUAAGGAAAAUAAUCAACGCACGUGUGAAGAUGUAUUGUCAUUAUAUUUAUAUACACAUAGACAUAUAUAUAUAUA